AUGGAUAAAAACAAAAAAAGACAAAGCUCUAUCUCCGAUUGUUUUAAAGAUCCCAAACAAAGAAAAGUCGUCAGUGAAAAUGAGCCUAGCUGCAGUACUGGAUCUUCAAAUAAUAUAACAACAGAGAAGGGCGACGAGUCUGUGCAGCACUCUAAACCAUCUCAACCAGAUGUCCAAACAUUUACAGAGUCUCUAGAAAGUCAUAAUAAUGAUAUAAGCAACUUUAUAAACCGUCGUCUUCGGCAGGAUGAAAUUUCUGAAGCAUUAAAUAAUAUUUGGAAACCGCCGUUAAAUUACAAGUUCCCUAUUACAACUUAUGGACAAAAACAUCUGAAAUUUCAACAUUCAUGGGCUAUCCUUAGGUACCGCUGUUUGGGAGAUGGGAACUUAAAGCAAUGUUUAGAAGAACCUGGAAAGAGAAACAAAUACAUAAGUCCUACUAGCCAAAAUGUUAUAAUACAAUGCUGUAAUAAUAUAAUACUUAGGAAAAUAGUUACCAAAGUAAACAAAUCUCGGUGCUUCACAUUGCUCGCCGAUGAGACCUCGGAUAUAUCUGGAGUUGAGCAAGUCUCGAUUUGCGUAAGGUAUUUUGAUGUAGAUGAGCAUGUUUUUCGCGAAGACUUUCUGCAGUUUGUCCCUGCAAAAGAAUUAACCGGAGAAGGAAUCGCAAAAACUCUGAUAGAAAAUCUUCAGGAGUUUGGCGUGAAAACAAAGUAUUUACGUGGACAAGGAUAUGACGGUGCUGCCUCCAUGUCAGGAAAAUAUAAUGGUGUGCAAGCUCAUAUAAAAAAACUACAUCCACUAGCUCAUUAUGUGCAUUGUUCGGCUCACAAUUUAAAUUUAGCGGUGUCAAAAUCUUACCGAGAUUCAAGCAAUAAGGAACUGCAUUGGCAUUGUUGGAAAGUUGCAUGA